UAAUUUCAUUUUUGCAUUGUGGACUGGACCCACUUUUCUCCCUCCUGGUCUUUGCUGUGUGUGUCUUCCUCAUUCUUCCUCACCAUCCAUCUGUAUACAAACAUCAAUCUUUUUCCUUUAGCCCACCUAGUCUCAAGUCUUUGUGUUGUUCCGUUCUUCUACUUAUCUCUUUUCUUAUACAUCAUGGUAGCAUGAAAAGAUGAUUCUUUAGUUGACCUGUUGUUUUUCUUGUUAAAGAUUUUGUUUUUUUUGUAGUCUGUUGUGUAUGUUUUACUUUACUGUGCUUGUAUAAGUUACAAAGAUUGGGUCUUUUUUACAUGGAUGGUUUUAUUAUGCAAUUUUGAGCAUCUGGGUAUGGUUAUUUGUUGGUAGUUUCUAAUGGGUUUUGGAUUGUAGUUCUUGUUAUGGUUCUGUAGUUUUGAUGGGCUUAUGUGAGGUUUCUUGAUUUUGACCUAAGCUUUUGCACUUUUUGUGCUUGUGAGGAAUCUUUUUUUUGGUGCAAGAUAGUGGAGAUUGUGAUAGUGAUGAGGUUCACUUUACUGUAGCAUUGGCUUAUUUAGUUUGGUAAAGUAAUGUAAUGAAGAACCUUUUAAAGAAACUUCAUAUUAGACACAAUCAGUCUGAAGAGUUAGAAGGGUCUACUUCAUCCAAGAGCAAUAAGUUUAGUAAUGUCUCCUCUCCCGAGAGGCUUUUGCACUCUGAGCAUAAGCCAUUUUCAGCUAUUUCUGGUUGGUUGAAUUCAGUUAAAAAUAGACGCAGUCCAAGUCCACCUCGAACUUCAAAUGCCGCCAGAGGAGAGAGGAUUGGGCAAUCUGAUUCUGCGAGCAGUAGUGCUCUGGAAGCCGAGUUGGAUGCAGUUUUACGUGAUUCGGGCACUAGCAACUUAAGGGAUCCUGAUAUAGACGAGGAUUAUCAGAUGGAAUUGGCUUUGGAGCUGAGUGCAAGGGAGGACCCUGAAGCAGUUGAGAUUGAGGCAGUUAAACAGAUAAGCUUGGUACCUUCUCGUUUAGACAACACUGGAGCUGAAGUUGUUGCGUACCGCUAUUGGAAUUACAGUGCACUUAGCUAUGAUGACACGAUUACCGACGGUUUUUAUGAUCUAUAUGGUAUCUCAAUGGAGUCCACUUCAUCAAAGAUGCCUUCCCUUUUUGAUCUUCAAAGCAAAUCAUCUGAUGAUAUUACAUGGGAAGCAGUUCUUGUUGAUACAGUUACAGACUCUGAUUUGAAGCUCCUGAAACAGAAAGCCUCAGAUAUAGCUGCGAGAUCAGGUUUUCCAAAUUUUGCAGGUAGUGUUUUGGUAAAGCAACUUGCUGCUUUGGUCUCUGAUCAAAUGGGGGGGCCUGUUGGGGAUCCUGAUAACAUGUCGAUGGCAUGGAGACGUCUUAGUUUUAAUUUAAGAGAAAGUCUUGGAAGCCUGGUUUUGCCUCUUGGUUCAGUGACAGUUGGAUUACCUCGUCAUCGUGCACUAUUAUUUAAGUUCUUGGCCGAUAGUGUUGGCAUCCCUUGCCGGCUAGUAAAAGGACAACAAUAUACUGGUUCGGAUGAUGUGGCAAUGAACUUUGUACGAGUUGAUGAUGACAGGGAAUACAUUGUUGAUUUGAUGGCGGACCCUGGGACACUUAUUCCAUCAGAUAUUGCGGGAUCACAUAUAGAGUAUGAGAAGUCUUUCUUUCCAACUGGCCUUUUGGCUGUCAAUCCCACCCUUAUAGAUUCCUCUAGUAGCGGGGUAAAUACAUUGCAUCGAGAGGUGUCAGAGAAAUUGACUCUGAACGAUGGGCCCAGGUCUAGUAAUAUUAGUGCUGCUGAAAGAAAGUACAAAGAAAGAAAUGAACAUGUGUCAUCUGUAGAUAUGUUAUCAUGUAGUAAAGCUGAAGAAGGGGACAGCGAGUCAUCUGCUACAAGUCCUGUCAAAGUAAAGAAGGAUUUUGCUGAAUUUCCUAGCAAGCCCAACAGCUCCCACUUGCUUGUAAAAUCUCCUUCGUGGACUGAAGGUGUUAGCUCCCCAGCUGCACAAAAGAUGAAGGUGAAGGAUGUUUCACAAUACAUGAUUGAUGCUGCCGAAGGAAAUCCUGAAUUGGCUCAGAAGCUUCAUGCUGUGUUACUUGAAAGUGGUGUUGUUGCUCCUCCAAAUUUGUUUACCAAAAUAAAUCAAGAGGAAUCAAAUCUAGCAACAGUUGAGCAAAAGUUCCCAUUUGAAUGUAGUGACAGGAGUAGAGAGGGUGAAAACAUCCAGGAAACGAAGAGUCAAGAACCUCAAGGUGAUACUAAUCAGAGUUGCAUUUUACCUUUUCUGCCUUACCAUGAAGCUCAUUCCAAAGGACAACAGUAUAGAUAUUCAGAAGAGCAGCCAGAUUCCGGAGAAGUGCAGGAACUGUUCGUUUCAUCUCAGUCUGAUGUAGCACCGUCAAAGUUGGAGAGGAAUGUUCCAGUUGCAUCAGCAUCAUCAUCAGCAGCAGCAGCUGUUGUUGCGUCUUCAAUAUUAGUUGCUGCAUCAAGAAAAAGUUCUGAUUCUAAACUUGAACUCCCUGUAGCUGCAGCUGCCACAGCUAAAGCUGCAGUUUUGGUGGCAACAACUGCUGCUCUUAGCAAUCAGUAUGAGAAUCAGGAUUUGCAUUUGCAAGGUUCCCUUGCUCCCUUCUUUGACCCAUUGGGUCGUGAGCACAGAGUCGGAGAUGCAGAGGCACAUGCAGAUGCUACAGAUUACGAGCCACAAGGUUGUGGUUAUCAAGUGCCAAAUGAUGUCUGCGGAAAUCUAGAUGCUGAGAAAAUAUCAGACAAAUCUACUAUGCAAGAAAGCAUUGGAAAUGCUGCAUUACUUGAUGAAGUAUCAGAUUGUGAGAUUCUCUGGGAGGAUAUCACAUUGGGCGAGCGUAUCGGACUUGGGUCAUAUGGGGAGGUCUAUCGCGGCGAUUGGCAUGGAACUGAAGUCGCUGUGAAGAAAUUCAUAGACCAAGUUAUUACCGAUGAAUCCCUCAAAGAAUUCAAAAGCGAGGUCCGGAUCAUGAAAAGAGCUAGACAUCCCAAUGUUGUUCUCUUCAUGGGGGCUGUUACUCGUGCUCCAAAUCUCUCAAUAGUGACCGAGUUUCUUCCUAGAGGUAGUUUGUAUAGGCUAAUUCACAAGCCCAACAACCAACUAGAUGUACGGAGGCGUAUGAGGAUGGCUCUAGAUGCAGCGAGAGGGAUGAAUUACUUGCACAACUGCACACCAGUAAUAGUUCAUCGUGAUUUGAAGUCUCCAAAUCUUCUUGUAGAUAAAAACUGGGUCGUGAAGGUUUGCGAUUUUGGGCUAUCAAGAAUGAAGUAUAGCACAUUUCUUUCCUCAAGGUCAACUGCUGGGACGGCAGAGUGGAUGGCUCCCGAGGUGCUUAGGAAUGAGCCAUCAGAUGAGAAGUCUGAUGUUUUUAGUUACGGAGUAAUAUUAUGGGAGCUAUGUACUAUGCGACGACCAUGGGGGGGAUUGAACCCGAUGCAAGUUGUGGGGGCUGUUGGAUUUCAGCAUCGCCGGCUUGACAUUCCAGAAGACACUGAUCCUGUUAUUGCUGAUAUCAUCAUCAAAUGCUGGCAAACUGAUCCAAGAUUACGACCUUCAUUCGCUGAAAUCAUGGCUGCUUUAAAGCCGCUCAUUACUUCACAAGUGUCUAGGCCCCCUCCAACUGCAAGCAGUGCCCAAGAACAGGGUCAGCCUUCAGAAGCCUUAAAAGAAAAAGGAAUCUAAGCCGGAGCACAACCCAUUGGAAUGCUUUGCAAUAUAGGCAAGCAGUUAGUUCAAGACACAUGUAUACUUCUUAUGUUUGAUUUUAUUUGUGAUUUUUUACACUAUUCUUCCCCCCCAAUUUAGUCUUACAGUAUAUUGUUAAGGUUGAUCGACAAAUUGUAUCAAGUUACUUCAGAAGAACUUUGAACCAUACGUGAAAUAAAAUUGGAUUUCUUUUUCUAUAA